AAGGAAUCCAAAAUUAUGCGGCGCUUCGCCAAAUUCGUCAUAUUUUCUGGGUAAGAGCUCCUCAUUUAGGUAAUUUCGGACAAAUCGCAUGUUUCAGCAUUUCCUUUCCUCUGUCAGGUAUUCAAAAUAAACGAUCAGGAUCACCGCACCUGCGCCAGAUACGUGUGCGAGUGUCAUCAUGCCACCAUCCUUAAGUACACGGAUUCCUCUUGAAAUCGGAUUUCUUCGAUGAUUGCAAAAUGUUGUCCUGGAAUGCCCUCUCGGCGUUUGUAAUCGUUAAUCUUCUUGGUCUACCUAAUGGUGUAUUAGCUGCUGCUCUUUCUUCUUCGUUGGACUCAAGAGCGGCAGCUGUCCCCCUCGUGGUUCCACCCACUUCCAAAUGGUAUGUCCUAUAUCAUUGAACUUCAAUAUAUGCACUUGCUAACUGUAUGUAGGGAUGGCAUCGAUGGCCCUUGGUCGAGUUUUACACUCAGCGUUGGCUCGCCACCCCAGAACAUGAGAGUUUUGGCUUCGACGGCUAGUAAUCAACCUUGGGUCGUUUUACCAGACGGAUGUCUCCCGACAGAUGUUCCUGAAUGUAGUGAUAAUCGAGGGGGUCUGUUCAACACUAAUGCAACAACAAGCUGGUACGUCCCUUCGUGGAUCAGCAACACUAGAAGCGAUGGACGAUUCUCGGCUGUUAUUGGGUCAUCUUAUGGACAAGUUGCAAGUUUAGCCUAUGGCUACGACAAUGUCUCCUUAAGUUCUUCUGGCAAUUUGCCUUCCCUUGCUAGCCAGGUGGUCGGAGGUAUGACGACUAAGGAUUUUUAUAUGGGCAUGAUUGGCUUGAGUCCUCUAUCUACAAGUUUCUCGCAGAGCUCUCCUCCUGCCGACAGCUAUCUGUUUGCAUUGAAGGCACAGGGUCAGAUUCCUUCCCUUACAUAUGGAUAUACGGCAGGAAAUCAGUAUCGCAACGGUAAACCAAAUCCUGGAAGCCUGACUCUUGGAGGGAGUGAUACAUCGCUGUAUAUACCAAAUGCCCUUUCCGUCAACUUCAACAACCUAUCAGCUCAUGAUCUGACGAUCAAUGUCAACAAGAUCACAUUCGCUACUGGGUCUGGAAACAAAACAUUGAGCAAUUCUCCUUUCUCAGCUUUCGUCGAUACUACCACGCCCUACUUGUGGCUCCCGAUCGAAGUUUGCAAGCUGUUUGAAGAAGCAUUUGGACUCAUAUGGGACGAAGAGAGUCAGCUGUACCUCGUCAACGCGCAAUUGACUAAAAAGAUUGCCGAACAAAACCCUACUGUGGCUUUUACUCUAACAAAUUCAACAUCAAAGGUGCUGGUUGAUAUCGUCCUCCCGUUUCAAGCGUUCGAUUUGAUUGCGAAGCCACCUUUGGUGGAAGCUCUCACACAUUAUUUUCCUCUCAAGAGAGCAGCAAAUGCGGGUCAAAUCACACUCGGGAGAACAUUUCUUCAGGAAGCGUAAGUACACCCUCCACUAAAUUGCUUCCUUUCUAAUUACUCGUAGUUAUAUAAUAGCAGAUUAUGAGCGCUCGACCUUUUCUCUUCACCAAAGAGAUUGGAAUGCAAAAUCAUCCAAUGUAACACCCAUUGCCCCAAUUGGAGUGCUGCCUCCGGGUACAAGUACCACGAAGGCACCCGUUAAUGUCGGGGCAAUCGUUGCUGGAUGUAUCGGGGGUGUUGUACUCCUAGCGGUCAUCGUUCUCGCAAUUGUAAUGGGUCUUCGCCACCGUAAGAGAACAAAACUACAAGUAGAAGCAGCUAAACGACAGCAAUCCGAAUCAUCAAUUCGAGGCUUUUCUCAACCACCACAAUCACCUUAUCCUUCGACAUAUCUCGGGUCUUCCUUACACAACCGUUCCAUGCACGCAAAGUCCAUCGCGCCAUCCUCUGUCUGGGAACGAUCUUCAGAACGCCCUCCACGACCAGACUCACCCACCUCAUUCUACCAAUCAGAAUACGAUCCAAUUGAAACCCAAACGCUUGCCGGACUCGAUGCGCCAAUGCCCUACGGGACUCAAAGCAUGCGAUUCAGCGCUGUGGAAUUCCCAAAGGACUACGAACCAACCAUUGCCGAUAGGAAUUCUCAUAUCAGCAGCUCUCAGUUCGGCCCACCAUCGCCAUUGUUCGACGCAGCUGCUAUGCCAAAACCAAUCGUUCUUGCAAAAACUAAAGAUGGGGAGAAGACAGAAUUCGUUUGUGAGUUGCCUGCCAGGGAACAGGUUGAGAAGGAGAGAUUGAACUUCAGCAAGAAGCCAAACUGGAUUUGAACGCGCAACAACCAAGAAAACACUGCAAAAGAAAACUAUCAUCACGGCUUUUGAGAUGUGCCAAUAACUCAUAUGUCUUCUUUAAGCCAAAGCGAAAUUCUCCAUUGAGACUUGAGCUUCAAAAUCGUUUUGGAUGGUUCCUGAAAAUUAUCCAACAACCAGACUCGAACACCCGCCAACAAACCCACAAAAAUCCUUCACACCCAUUACGUACAAAAGCAUCCCAAGAAUUACGAAAACUCGGCAUCCUUCUCGGUUCCGUCAAAUUUGACGCUUCCCAAAGGAUUUCUUACGUACAGUACCACCUUACAUCAUCCGCAGCCUGCUUCAAACCCAACCCAACGAUCAAUUGCAAUAGUGGAUUCACAAAUCAAUUCCAUCAUCUCAGCAGAUAUCUUCCCAGCCUUUCGCCACCAACCCAACAAACCCUCCACCUAAGAAAAAUCCGACACCCCUCCUGCACAUCAACCCCUAUCAGCCCCCACCACCACAGCCAAAUCCUUCAUAUGCAGGAACACGGCCUUGCAUACAGUACAAGCCACCCAUAAUUCCCACUAUCUUAACCUUACUACUUACUCCUUAAAGUUAUUAAAGAGGAGGCCGGUUUAUAUAGCUAACCCCUCCAGGGCUCUCUUUUUUUUGUUGAUUUCGAUUCUUUUGUAUAUAUUUAUAUGGAUGGAUUAAUUGAUAUCAUUAUUCUUAUUAUUAUUCUUAUUAUUAUUUAUUUCGCGAUUACGAGUAGGGGUGAUUUUAUACAUGUUUCGUUUGUGUUGUGAUGUUAUGAUGUGUUGACUUCUUAUUUUGGGAAUUUUGGGAUUAGAUCCAGAUCUAGU